CUGGAUGAUUGUCAGUAUUGCAGAUGGUGCAGUUACAAGGAGCGCGCUGCCAUUGAGUGUGACAAAGCUGGCGAAGCUGAAAGUGCAACGAAUGAACUGCCACUGACUGUCGAUCCCUUACUGGCAUCAGGAAAUCCGUCAGUUCCUGUGGCACGUCGCCAUCUUGGGGAUUCUUUGGAUCAUCGACUAACCGUCCGAUGGAACAAUUUUGUUGCAACGACGGAUAGCAGAUGUCUGAUAGCUUGUGGUUAUCCGGACUACAGUUUUCGAGUGAUUGACACGGAUGCUGGUACGAGUUGCAUGGCCCAUGGAUUUCAUAGCGCUCAAAGUUUGUGUUUAGCGAGAGUACGACAAGUGAUCUACGGUCAUGGUGACGUUGUGACGUGUAUUGCGCGAUCCGAGACGAGUCUGUUUGCUGAUUGCUAUGUGGUAACUGGAAGUAACGACUGCACUGUUGCUUUAUGGCAUUGGAAUGGACAGCAAGGUUUCGUUGCCGGUGAGUACAACACGCUUGGAGAGACGCCAUCACCUCGAGCGAUUCUCACUGGUCAUGAAGCUGCUAUUUCUGCGCUAGCUGUCUCCGCUGAGCAUGGACUCGUUCUCAGUGGUUGCGAAGAUGGUACCAUACUUAUGCACACGACGUCUGGCGAACUUCUGCGACGAUGGAGUAGUCGACAACGGGUUUCGCAGCUGCUGAUGAGUCGAGAGUGUGUUGUGAUGGCCAUUUACGGUCACCACAGUUUCGUCACGUUAACGACGACGGUAUCAGCUUCAGACGAGGCUGUUGCCGAUGAUAAGGUAGAGUGCGCAUGUUUGACAAGAGAUGGUGAGUACGUGAUCACAGGAUCGGAAAAUGGACGCUGUACGGUUUGCUCACAGUUCGAAUUACUUUUCCCUUUUGCUCUGCGACGUUCCAGGGAAGACCUAUUCACCCUUCACUGUUCCGUUUAUAGAAUAGUGGCUGGAUUUUUCUCGAGAGCCAGCUUCAACAGUAGAAGCUAA